UGAAAUUGUGCCAAGAUGGUCCAAGGACACCAAAAUCAGACAACGCAACGAGUAGAUCAUGUUAACUGUGUUAAUUAUAAAUUAGUACUUACUAAAUUCACAUAUUGAACCUUAACAAUCCAAAAAAAAAAUAGCCACCAUGGACCUGCUGCAUCUUUACGAAUGGAUCGAUAUAAAGACUACUUUGUUAUUUGUUUGUGUGUUUUUAUUCCUGAGUGAUUAUAUCAGAAAUAAAGCGCCGAAGAACUUUCCUCCUGGACCCUGGUCUUUACCGAUUAUUGGAGACCUUCAUCAUAUCGAUCACAAGAAGGUUCAUCUUCAGUUGGCAAAAUUUGCAGAAAAAUACGGAGACGUUUUAAGCAUCCGAUUUUUCGGACUAAGAAUUGUUGUGUUGAGCGGGUACAAACGAGUGAAGGAAGUGUAUGUACAACAAGGCGAAAACCUUGUAGAUCGACCCAUGUUACCUAUGAUUUACGACAUCUUUGGAGACAAAGGUUUAGGUAGCUCCAGUGGAUAUAAAUGGAAGCAUCAGAGGAGAUUUGCACUCUCAACUCUUAGAAACUUUGGAUUGGGAAAGAAAAGCCUGGAGCCGUCUAUCCAUCUUGAAUGUCGCUUUCUGAAAGAGACCAUUUCAAAUAAGAAUGGUCGACCCUUUAACCCUCAAAUCCUGCUGAACAACGCUGUCUCAAAUGUGAUCUGUGUGCUUGUGUUUGGUAAUCGAUUUGAGUACAGUGACAAUGACUUCCAGGAUCUGUUGAAGAGCAUUAAUGAGGCUGUGUAUCUGGAAGGAAGCGUCAGUGUUCAACUGUAUAACAUGUUCCCAUGGCUCAUGCGGCUAGUGCCUGGACCACACAAAAAAAUGUUUGCUCAGUGGCAGAAGGUGAUUGACUUUGUUCGAGAGAAGGUGAAUGCACACAGAGUGGAUUAUGAUCCAUCGAAUCCUCGAGACUACAUUGACUGCUUCCUUGCUGAGAUGGACAAACUUAAAGACGACACAGCCGCUGGGUUUGAUGUGGAGAACUUGUGCAUCUGUGCUCUGGAUCUGUUUGUAGCUGGAAGUGAGACCACCUCCACUACUCUGUACUGGGGUCUUCUCUACAUGAUAAAAUAUCCUGAGAUACAGGCCAAAGUUCAGGAGGAGAUUGAUUGUGUUGUGGGAGGGUCACGGCAGCCAUCUUUAUCAGACAGAGACAACAUGCCCUACACCAAUGCUGUCAUUCAUGAGAUACAGAGGAGUGGAAAUAUUGUCCCAUUAAAUUUGCCCCGGGCUACUGUGGAAGACACUCUGAUAGGAAAAUAUUCUAUUCCAAAGGGUACAGCUGUGAUUGGCAGUUUGACAUCAGUGCUGUUUGAUGAGUCUGAGUGGGAGACGCCUCAUUCUUUUAACCCGGGUCACUUUCUGGAUGCUGAGGGCAAAUUCAGAAAGAGAGUUGCCUUUUUACCUUUUUCUCUAGGAAAGAGAGUGUGGUCCUGGGGAAGUAAACUGGCACGGAUGGAGCUGUUCCUCUUUUUCUCCUCUCUGCUGCAGCGCUUCACUUUCUCUUCACCAGCCGGUGUGGAGCCCAGCUUGAAUUUUAAACUGGGGGCCACUCACUGUCCCCAACCAUAUGCAUUAUGUGCAGUGCCACGCUAAAACACAUAUAAUUUUGUACAUUUCAGUAAUUAAAAAAAAAAAAAAAUGUUUAUAAAAAAAGAUGAGUGAUGCAUUUUUUAGUUAGUUGGUUGGAAUGUAGACUGGCCGAUUGGUUGGGUUCUAU